UUGGGGUUUUUUUGGGAGGACAGGGACUUUGAGGACCAUUCCUGGGAAGCCACCACAGACCAGACAGACCUGCAUGUUCACUUCAACCACUACAGCUCUAUCAAGGUGCAAACUGGCUGCUGGAUGAUCUAUGAAUGUCCAAACUACAUAGGCCAUCAGUACUUCGCAAGGAAGGGAGAAUAUCCUGACUACCUUGACUGGAUGGGCUUCAAUGACUCCAUUCACUUUGGAGGCAGCAUGUUAGAGUUCAUGGAAAACUGCUCUUCUCUCCAGGAUGACUUUCACUACAGGGACAUCCAGUCUUGUAACAUACUUGAAGGAAGCUCGGUUUUUGCUGAACAGCCACACUGCCAAGGACAGCAGUACCUCCUGAGGCCUAGUGAGUACAGACAAUUCACCAAUUGGGGUGCCAUGACUGCCAAAGCUGCCAUGCCAAAGCCUUCCAACCAACAAUGGAUCUUUCCUAACCAGCACGUUCCCAAUGUAUAUGUCAAUUAG